UAUAGACAUGUGGUGUUACCAAAGAAUUUAGCAAGAUGGUUACCACAACCGCCUCGGUUAUUAAAGCCAGAAGAAUGGAUAGGAAUAGGCGUAUAUCAAUCGACAGGAUGGGAACAUUACAUGAUUCAUGCACCAGAACCACAUAUUUUAUUAUUCAAGAGAGAAAAGGAUUAUCUUAAAAAG